UUCAUAUCAGAUGAGGAGGCAUGCCUUAGGGAGAAGAUCUAUGCUCAAAAUAAUGAAGGAUGUUUUAUCUUGUCAUUUAUGUACAAGGCAAGUUUUUUGUUUAAAUAAGAAAUAAAUCAAAUUGAAUUAUUACCAGAACGAGGUAUGUGGAAGCUUGAAUUAGAGAACAGGACACAAAGAUAAGGACGUUUCAGUAUAAAGCCUUCUUCAGCUAACAGUAGAAAUGAAAAUGUCACAAAGAACAGAACACAGUAAACAACUGACAACAAUUGAUAUUUCUUGAAUUUUUUACUGUGCUCUGUUCUUUGUGAUAUUUUCAUUUCUACUGUUAGCUGAAGAAGGCUUUAUGCCGAAACGUCCUUAUCUUUUUGUCCUGUUCUCUAAUUCAAGCUUGCUAUUUCAUUCAUUUACUAAGCUUGAAUGCAGUCCUUAAAUUUAUAUUUAUUACCAGUAGAGCAGUUUUAACAUUUAAUUUAACUCCCCUUAUGAGCUUUAUGAAAAAUGUCACAUUUUUUACUUUGACAUUUUGCACGAGUCCCUCAAAAUGAAGAACCUAUAAAACAUGCUAAGUAAUAUUUUAUGCAGCUAAAAUUGUUUCAGUAUGCAGCAGAAAACACCUAUAAUCUCAUCUUAAGUUAACACAUUUCUCUUGCUACUGAAUGCAUUAAUUUAUAACCAUAACUAAUAUUUGAUGAUUAAAAAAAUUCCUUUUACGGUAAGUUCACACUGCUCAUUUGUAGCUGUGUAAAUUUUGCCAUAUAAAUUCUGAGAUUUCGGUGACCACAUGCUACUUACUGGACAAAAAAAAAUGGAACAAAUAAGUGUAAUUUUCAUGUGUUUAAUUGCAGUAUGCUGUCUGGCUGCAAUAUACAGCUGAAAGGGCUUGUUUACAAGUUAUUAUUAAUAAAAUAAAGUAAUCAAACCCGGUGGGCAUAUAUUGUUGUUCAAACAUUAAUAUUUGUGAAAUGAAUUUCAAGCUGCUUUAUAAAAUUUAUUGGAGUGGUCAAUAUACAAAAAAACCAAAAAAUAAAAAAAUUAAAGGAACUUAAGCUUUUUUACCAAAGAAAUGGAAUACAAAUUUAACUUAUUUUUAAAUCCUUUAUAUUAAUUUCGCUUUUUUUCAUGUGUUUGUGACAAAAUCUUUGGAUGGUUAAUGGACACACUUCCCCGUCAUCCUAUUGAACUAAAACUUGGCACAUAGCCUUGUUGCAGAUGACAACACAUAUAUAAUUUUCAGCCCCGCUCCAACACCCAAACAUCAGUUUUCACGUUUUUCAAGGGGAACAUUACUGAAAUAUGAUUUGUUCAAUGGCUGGUGUUUUGGUGUGGUGAUUAAAUGUGUAGCUAAGUGCUUUGUAUUUGUGACAUAUUAACACAUCUUUAGUCUAUUAGUUUUGCAUGCACUAAGUUUGAUAAAACCAUUCCCAUUCCAAAAAUCAGUUGCUACAAUCACAUAAAUGAGAAAUCACGUAAAAUUACAUAAAUGCAAAUUGAACCCUUAAAGGUGGAAAAUAUUCUCCUAUUUAAAUUAAGUUGGUGCUUAAUGUUCCCACUUCCCUGCCACCCUCAUACCACAAUAUUUAACGGUUCCAUUACUGUUAAGAUAGUGAAAAUCAAUACAUACAGCAUCAUCAAAAAAUAUUUCCAUUUAUUUAAUUCAACAGAUUCAAGAAUCAUAAUCUUAAAUAACUUUUUGAUUUCAGGGAGCUAAAUGGGCUAUUGAUGCUACAAGAAAGUUUGAUUCCUACACAAGGCUGCUUAACCACUCAAGAGAGCCCAAUAUAAAAUUCCACUCACCAAUUUUGGUAGAACUUACUGGCAAAGGACUGCCAAGAUUAGCUGCUUAUGCUCUGAGAGACAUCCAUAGAGGGGAGGAAAUAGUUGUAGAUUAUGGAGUUACUGACAAGAACCUACCAUGGCUUAAAAAC